AUGAAUCGGAAUCAAACUUAUGGAGAAUUUAAUAUUCAUGAUCGAAGAAAAGGAAACAAUGCUACUCAUUUAAGAGAGUAUAACCAAAUGAAUAAUAAAGAUUAUAACAAAAAUAAUCAAAUAUAUCAAAGAAAUAAUAAAUUAAACCCUGGUAAUAUAUCUCAUAUAAAUUAUAUGAAUAAUGAUAUUAAUAAUUAUAACAUUGGAAAUAAUAAUCAGAAUGUGCAAGAUAAUGCUACCAGCUUUAUAAAUAACUACAAUAUAAAUCCAAAUGAUAAUUAUAGCAAUAAUAGCCUUAACAAUGUUAAUAAUAAUAUGAACAGUCAGGUGAUUUCUUCGAAUUACGUCAAUACUCACCCCAUUUUAGGAAAAAAACAAAAUUAUAUGUUUAACAAUGAUACAAAUUCGAGUGGUAUAAAUAUUUUAAAUAACAAAGAUGGUAAUGUAAUAAAUAGGCCUAAUAAUUAUAGUGAUAAAAGUUUUGAAAAUAAAAAUAAUAUAAUGGAAAUUGAUAACUAUCCAAUAUACAGCCAUAAUAAAAAUGUCACUAUGGCUAGCCAUGUUAACGAUGUAAAAACUAUGCAUGGUUUUUCCAAUAAUCGAAAUGUUGGAUAUGUUCAGAAUUUCACAAACGUUCCAAACGUGCCAAAUGCAAUGAACAUGGUUAAUAACAAAUUGGUGAAUCCCGAAAUGAGUGUCAAAGAAAAUAAUGAUUUUGUGAAUGAUCGAUUAAAAUUUGUUAAUAAUAAUAUGCAUCAAUUUAACGAUGUGAUAAAUGGAAAUAUGUUAAACAAUAAUACAACAAAUGGUUUCCAAACAAACAAUAAUAUAGGUAACAGUUUUUUAAAAAAAGCAAAUUUAUUUUUAAGUAAAGGUAUGGAAAUUAUGGGGCAAGAAAAUAAUAAUACAAACAAUAGUGGGAAUGAUAAAGGAAUUGUUCAUAAUAUUUUUGAAACGUUAGCAAAAAAUACAGAAACAAAUAGUGAAUUAAAUAAUUUGGUAAAAAGGGGAGUUACAAAUAUGGUUAUGAAUGAAUUAGAAAAAAAAAUUGAAAUAAAUAAUUCAAGUUUUAUCAGAAAUAAAUUAUCAAUACUACGAGAUUAUUUUAAUGUCACACAUUCAUAUGUACUUAGCAAAAUAUUAUUUAUAAUUAUUCCUUAUAUAUAUAUACAGAAAGCAUUAUUUGAAUCUCGAACAUAUUAUGUGUAUACUCAUUUAAAAAAAAAAAUGGAAACAAAUAUGCAAAAUAAAAAUUAUAAUUCAUCUUUUAUUUUUAACGGAAAUUACAAUACAUAUAAUCCUAACAGUGAUAAUAUAAAUAUGAACAGCAAUAUAAAUAAUAUACAAUUUGAAAAUAAUAAAAAUAAUGGAAAUAUUUUUUAUAAUGAUAAAAAAGAAAAUACUGAAAUAGAUAAUAAAAUGAAUAAUAACUUAAAUUAUAUUAAUUAUAAUAAUAACAUUGGUAUAUUUCAAGCAGAUCUAUACAUUCCUUUAAUGUCUAUUAUCACUUAUAUUUUAUUAUAUACAUUAACUGUAACUGCUCAAAAAAAUAAUUUUAUAUUUAAUCCUGAUAAUUUAUUUAAUGCUUCAUCUUAUAUAUUUAUAUUAUUAUUUUUUGAAACAACUAUAGUAAAAUUUUUAUUUUUAUUAAUGUGCAGAGAUAUUAAUUUGCCAUUUUUACAUAUUUUAUCGUUUAUUUCUUAUAAGUUUGUUAUAAUGUGUGCAUUAAUAAUUACAAAAAUUUUUUAUUAUUUUUUAUAUUUUAUGUAUACAUCAGCUUUUGGGAGUAUUGAUGAUAAUUUGAAGAAUCGCGAGUUUGACAAAAGACAUAAUUCACAAGUUUUCAAAAAUUUAAAUAAUAAUUCCUCUUUUCAAUUCAGUCCAUAUAGUUUAAUUUUAUUUUUAAAUAGCAAUGCUAUGUACAGAUUAACACAACUUUAUUAUUACAUCACAGUAUCCAUUCAAAUGAUUCAAUUAUUUAAAUCUAUUCAUUUAUAUGUUCAUGAUAAUUCAAAUUUAUCAAAUAAAUAUAAUAUUAAAAGAAUAAAUUUGAUGAUCUUUGUUUUUUCACUUUCUCAAUUUUUUUUGUGUUGGUUGCUUACCCCAUAUUUUAACUAA